AAACAGAACCUUCUCUCAUCGACGCGGAAGCAAGACCCGUUCCUUCGUGCGACAAAUAUUCUCUCUGCCUCUUACCUCCUUUUCUCCAAACCCAUCCCCCAGAUCUUCAAAUUCCUCAAUUUCCGUCAAUUAGGGUUCGGUUCAAUUUCAACCCUCCGAUUCCCCCUUCCAAAUUGGUUCCAUUUUUCUUCAAUUUCAGAUUUUAGGUUGGUCUCGAAUUCGGCAGGCGAGCCUUCGGCAGCUCGCCUUUUCCGUAUUCAAUCAUGGCCAUAAUCUCCCGAACCCCAUUCUUUACGUGCUUUUUGGCCGUUGCGAUUACCGUCUUCACCAUCUGCCUCUCUCCCAUGGUUCGAGCACAAGGCGAUUCGUCAUCCCUCAUCCAGUUACCCUCUGAAUCCUCCAACGAAGCCCGGAACUUGUGCGCCGGAACAGCACCCGCCUCAUGUCCUGUGAAGUGCUUCCGGACCGACCCCGUCUGCGGCGUCGACGGCGUCACCUACUGGUGUGGAUGCGCUGAAGCUGUCUGUGCGGGCGCUAAAGUUGCCAGAUCGGGAUUUUGUGAAGUGGGCAGCGGGAGUUCGGUCUCUCUCCCGGGUCAGGCGCUCCUAUUGGUGCAUAUUGUCUGGCUCAUUGUGCUUGGGUUCUCGGUAUUGUUUGGUCUCUUUUGAUUACUGACGCUAAUUUGUGAGGAUUUGGUUCGCUAUGUCACGUGCGGUCUUCUUGGUCUAUGAGCAUACCUUUCGGGAAUCUUUGCUUGGUUAUUGCGAGGUUGUGUGCGCGUUGCUUUGUAUGCAAAAGAGGGAUUUAUAGAUAUUAAUCUUCUUUGCAUUGAUAUUCUUUUG